CAGUGAGCUAACAGAACCAGAGAGAGAGAGAGAGAGAGAGAGAGAGAGUGACAGCGAUGGAGUGGAAGCUUAGGAGCGUGGCGUUGGCCAUGGCGGUGGUCCUGGCGGUGGCGUGCACCAUGGAGGUGGCGGCCCAGAGCUUGUGCAAGAUGAGCCAGGAGGGGCUGGAUGCAUGCAGGCCGUGCAUCAGCACGGUGAAGCCGGCGGAGCAGCCCAGCGACGCCUGCUGCGCGGCGCUCAAGCAAGCCGACCUGCCCUGCCUCUGCUCCUACAAGAACUCCGUCCUGCUGCCGUACAUCGGCAUCGACCCCAAGCGCGCCAUGCAACUCCCGGCCAAGUGCAGCAUGGCUGCUCCCCAGCAGUGCUGAUGAGAUGCUGCAGCCCCAUUGCUUUGCUCGGUGCUUCUUUUAGGUCUGUGGUGUUUAGGGUUAUUGUCUUCAGGGCUUGGAAUGUGUUCGUCUUGUGUACCAUGUCACCGUCGUAGAAGUGCAUCGUUUCUUCCUUCGGCUGAGAACUACAUGUUGCUGAUCA